AUGAAAUAUUUCGUCGAUCUUUUCCCGUUGCUCUUUAUUCUGGUCGUAGGUGAUCGACAUUUAAAUGCAAAUGGACCAUUUGGUAAACGUCAUGCUGUAGGUGAUGAGCCAAGUCCACAUGCAUGUAAUCGUGGUUCAGGUAUUUCGAUUUCUUCAAAAAGUCUUGCCAUAUCAAAUAUUAAUGUAUCAACUACAACUUAUGUGAGUAAUGAACAGAUUAUUAUCACGUGGACAUCACUAUCAAAACCAUGUGUUGAUGAUUUUGUUGGAAUUUAUUUUGUUGAAAUCGAUGUUCCAGCAGCUUGUGAUUAUUUCGAUUAUGAAUUUGUUAAAUCUGGUCAAAGUCAAACAUCAUGGCAAAUGACAAAUUUACGUCGUCCACUUGAAUUUCGUUACUAUUCUCGUGAUCGAAAUUGUUUUGGAAAUUAUUCGUUAAUUGCUCGAUCACCAACUGUUCAACCAUCGAAUAUCAAUGAACCAACACAUAUUCAUUUAGCUUAUGGAGAUCAUAUUGAUGAAAUCUACGUUUCAUAUUUAACUAAUUCUUCGGAUUUUCUUCCACAAUGUCAAUAUGGACUGAAUCCAUCAUCAUUAAACUUGCAAAAGUCUGGCACAAGCACAACUUACACAGCAUCAGAUAUGUGUGAAGGCAAAGCUACCGAAUGGGGACCACAAACAUUUAUUCAUCCUGGUUUUAUGCACACAAUUCUCUUAACGGAUCUUGUCCCAUCAACAACAUAUUAUUAUCGUGUCGGAACUGAUCAACAUGGUUGGUCAGAGAUUUAUUCAUUUCGAAAUCGUCCAUCAAAUAAAGAUGAAUCGGUCUAUUUGAUCGCAUAUGGUGAUAUGGGUGUUUCACCUGUUGAAAGUGGUGCAAAGUCGACAAUGGAUCGAGUGGCAGCACGUAUUCGAUCGACGAAUGUCACCUGUUUACUUCACAUAGGUGAUAUUAGUUAUGCACGUGGAAUUGGUGCACUAUGGGAUGCAUUUAUGACACAGUUACAACCUGUUGCAGCACGUGUACCAUAUAUGGUUGGAAUUGGAAAUCAUGAAUAUGAUCAUGAAACUGGAGGGGACAAAGAUCCAAGUGGGGCAUCGGGUCCAGGUGGAUUUCGACCUGAAUGGGGAAAUUAUGGAAUAGAUUCAGGUGGUGAAUGUGCUGUACCAAUGGUUCGUCGAUUUCAUUCUCCAUCUAAUGGCAAUGGUCUCUUUUGGUAUAGUUUUGAUGUUGGUCCAAUUCAUAUAAUUUAUUAUUCAACAGAACAUGAUUUUCGUCGAACAUCAUCUCAAUAUCAAUGGAUUGAAGAAGAUCUUCGUUCAGUGAAUCGUUCUCGUACACCAUGGUUAAUUGUUGGUUCACAUCGUCAUUUCUACACAUCAGAAUCUGAAUCGCCCACUGAUUUGAUUAAAUUGAUGCUUCGAUUAUAUUUAGAACCAUUAUUUUAUCAAUAUCAUGUUGAUGUGAAUCUUUAUGCACAUCGUCAUUCGUAUGAAAGAUCAUGUCCAAUGUAUCAGUCGAAGUGUGUUGAUGAUGGAAUUGUUCAAGUUUUGAUCGGAAUGGCUGGACAAGAUCUCGAUGGUGGAACAUAUUCAGGUGCAGCGUGGAGUUUAUAUCAUGAUCAACAAUUUGGAUAUACAACGAUAUUCGCUAAUCAAACUUAUUUACAUUUCAGCUAUUUUCACAAUAGUGAUGAUCAAAUUGCUGAUCAAUUUACUCUUCAAAAAUGA